AUGGAUAUGUUCUUGGAGAACAUUACAUUGAUAAACAAUAUAACGAUACAGUUGACAUCGAUGGAGUCUUUAAAGGCUGAGCCAACAUUGGAGAAUGGUAGAUGGUCAAUGUCUAUACCAAGUACAUAUGACAAGGGUCGUAUACUCUUGCCAUUGUUACUUAGCAAAUCACUUCAUCAACGCUUCCCCAACAUGACCGAAUCAUACCUCCUAUCCUUUGUCCGCUUCAUCACCCUGCCCUCCAUGCUGGCCAGCAUCUUCAAGCAUCUCAAGCUCGAACAAUACAUUCCAACAGUCGCUCACAAAGAUACAUCAAUCUCAUCAGCCGAGAGAGUACAGAUGUAUAAUACAUACUUGUUGUCAUUGAUUGGACAGAUGUGCAAUGAUAAAGACGAGCAGUAUGUUGAGAACACUUUGUUGCCAUUAUUCACGGAUUACUUGGACAAGAUGUCGGAUGCAGAGUUUGAUCACUAUCAUCUGACCAAGCGAACAAGUCUAGUUGACACGAUGCCCAACAUUGAUAUUGAUCGCAAGCCUUUGCCCGCAUGGUUCCCAAGCCUCUGUCUAUCAAUCCUCAAGAAGGCCGACCAUCUCCAGCAGCUCAAUCACCUACUCAGUCAACAUGGAUACCCUCCAAGCCACUCACAACUGAUACAAGAGACAUCAAGAGGAAGCAGAGGAUCAUUGUUCUUCUACGUGUUGUACGCCCAACAGAACGAGUCGGCCAAGCCAAAGAUACUUGGAUAUGGCGCAGGACCAUCGACCAAGCAGGCAAAGUCAGACGCAGCAACAGACUCACUCAUCAGGUUGUUAUACAGCCCGAAGUUAUAA